AUGUCCAUCUUACACCCGUUAUGCACGAUUUUCUCAACUUACAUACUUACGUUCUCACAUGUCCUCUCUUUACAGUUCCAGUCACUAAUAUGGAUUGGCCUCACAAUUAUGGGAAUUUUGGCAUACACCUGCAAUAUGCCGGUUAAUCCGAUAUUCUCUUUCGGAUCGGUAAUACAAUAUGCCUUUUACACGCUAUACUUCAAAGGCGACUGCAUACCUGCCGACUAUCAACAAUUCGAUACAACGAUUAUCAAAUCAGUUGAGACUAUACUAACACCAGAAGAUGUGCUGAUUUGGGAUUGUGUUUACCUAGGCGUGGCGGCGUGUUGGUUCAUUACAUCGCUGUUGCUGUUGAUAUUUGUGAGAAAAGACAACGUCAAGUCUAGUGGUCACGUCGUAAGUGCCUGGCUCGUAACAAUUUUCUGCAUCAACUUGAUGGAUCUAGGCUUGGGCAUAAUAUUUGGCAUUGAUUAUAGUAAAUUCAAUCUUGCCGCUUAUAAUUACAAUUUGUCUACGAUAAAUGCGGGGGAAGUUAAUGCACAAGCAGCUCAGUUAGUGGCUGCGGCAGUAGCUGCUGUAUCUUUGAUGAUUAUCUCACUGAAAGGAUUCGUAUUAUGGCUUAUAAAUUUCGGUUUAAUGUGUUAUCUGCUAGCGCUUGUAAUGCCCAUGGUCAGCGAUCGAGACAGCAAU